CCAAGAGAUAGCAAGACUUGAUCUGGACCAAAGUUUGUUGAUUUGUCAGGGUGAGGUCACAGUUCGUGUCUGAAUUUUAACAUCUGAUGGAAGAGAAACCCCUGACAGACUGGAACAGUGGUCUCUGCGACUGCUUUGAGGAUGCCAGUACAUGCUGCUAUGGUUUCUGGUGCAGCAUUUGCCUUGCUGGCACAGUUUCCAGACAAUUUGGAGAGAACAAUUGUCUCCCCUUAUGUGAUCUAUGUGCUUCAUAUUAUGGGUCCAUUCCUCCUGGAGCCUUGUCCUUGAGAGCUGCCAUGCGACACAAAUAUGGAAUCAAGGGCUCCCUCUGUAAAGACAUUUUUAUUUCCUGGUGCUGUACAACCUUGUCCUGGUGUCAGAUGUAUCGUGAGUUGAAACAUCGCAAGAAAAACCCCGUCGUCAUCAGUGCACAGUCUCCAACUGUCAUCAACAUGCAGCCUGCUCCAGUGAUGAUGAUGCCUUCUCUAGGCGGUUAUGCAAGCCACCCAGUAGUCAUCCAGGCUUCACACUAAUAUAAGGGCUUGCUUUUUAAUCUGAUCUAACCUAUGUAACACAAGACAGUGAUCUUUUUAAAUCAUGAUUCCAAAAUGUCAAUUUGUGAUAAACUGUUUACAGUUUUGUAGAGAAAGAAAGAGAUAAAAACAUUUAAAUUAG